GCGUAAACAAAGUUUACUAAAUUCGUUAUCAACUUGAUAGUUCGAAACCCGUUUACGCGCCAAUGACCGGCUUACGAUUAUUAUUUAUUGGGGCUUCUGCGUCAGUUGCAGCUCAGUUCUUUGGCCGCAACGACGCAGGGCAGCCGUGAUUCAUAGCCAUCGCCAAGUACAUCUUUGUGUGUGUAAAAUGUUUUUGCAUAUAAAUGGUGUAUUCGCUAAAUAGUUUAACAAGCAAUAAUUGGGCCGACAUGCAGGUUGAUGGAUCUAACAACAGAGGCAACUCAUCCGAAAUGCCCGACCACACAAAGCGUGAAACGUCUCGUUUUCUUUGAUCGCCACUUUCCAGCGAACAGUGGGAAAAUGCAUACACCAUUGCACUCCAAAGAUGGUCAUAAUACAGACGAAGGUAUGGAAAAGGAUAUUGAGGAUCCGGAGGUCUAUCUGAAGCACCUUUUAAAUGACGGCAGUCAGGAGGGCGAUAGCGGGUCGGAUUUGGAACUACCUCCAUGGUACAAUGAGCAGUUAUUCAAGCGUGGUCAGAGCUACUUUAGUACGUAUCGUUUUGUGAUGAACGCUGGAAUGCUGGCUGGACUAGUCGCUGUAUUGGCUAUUCCCUCAAUUCUCCGAGUGCUUUCCUGCACACGACAAUCUUCGACAGCAUUCACUGCUUACCGUCGGUAUGUGCGCACUAUAUUCCACACGCAAGCCUGGUAUAACCACAGCAUUGCGGACCGUGGGAGCAGGUUUUGGACCAGCAUUGCGGCUGUGAGGCAGGCCCACAGCCGUUCCAGCCAUGCCUGUGCUCGCAGAGGAGCUGGGCAGAUCACUCAGAAGGAUUUAGCCUUGACUCAGUUUGGAUUUAUUGGCUUCAUAACAAUGGGGGCUCAUCGGAUUAAACUUAAUGAUCAGGAUUUCCUCGAAGCAACCACUCACAUGUGGCGCGUUCUUGGCUAUUUGCUUGGUAUCAAAGACGAGUACAACAUCUGCGGUAGAAACUGGGCGCAGUCAAAGCUUCGCUUGGAUAUUGUGAUGCGAAAGGUUUACGAACCAGCUCUGGAAAACACCGGGGACGAUUUCUACCGCAUGACAGAAGCCCUCAUCCACGGUCUUUGGCAUAUGAACACCAUGUUUUCGGUGGACGCCAACAUAUUCUUUGCCAAGCGAUUAGCCUGUGUCAAGGGCUACGAGUACUAUAGCUUUGAUCAUGACAACGGAAUAAAACAGGAUCCACAGCAGAAGCUGCACUAUUACGACAUGGGAUGGUGGGAUCGGUUUAUAGUCAGCUACGGACUGUUUCUUGUCACCUAUCUGCACAGAUACGCCCUAGUGCGUUGGUAUUUGAACUUCCGCGUCUGGCUAGUGGACGUACUGACUUAUUACUUGCCCUACGUAGCCAUUUUGAAGUUUGGCUUCAAAUCCGCUUAUGUGCGUAUCUUCCGAAACGGAGGGGAAGCUCAAGAUUUUACGUUAGGCUUCAAAGAUGAUUAGAUUGUUUUGUUUUGUGAGAUUUAGUCAUUAGGUAAUUUGUUAAUAAAUGCGCAAUGCAAUUCAGGA